GGGGGUCCCCGAAACUGGGCCCUCGUGGGUCGGCUGCCACGUGGAGGAGCCAUGGAGACAGCGGUGGUCGCAGUCGUGGUCGUGCUGCUUGUGAUCACGGUGGCCAUCGCCUGUGUCCUCUGCUACUUCAGCUGUGACUCGAGAGCCCAGGAGCCCCAUGCGGACCCAGGCCACGGCUUCACCGUGGUCACCUUCCAGCAAAAAGCGUCUCUCUUCACUGGGCCCAGCCGCCCGGCCCAGCCGAGGACAACUGCCCGGGACUUCUGGACCUUCAUGUGAGACUUCUCAGCGGCCCCAAGAGUUGCUCUGGGGGUGAAUUGUGACUCCUCCACUUCACAGCAGGCUUUCCUGGGUGUCCCUCUCCAAGG